UUCAGAUUUAUGUAUGGAUGGUCAUGUUUUGCAAUGCCUUUUCCUUCAAACAAUUAAUCUUCAAUAUCAGCCUUGAUCUUUCUUUUCGCUCACCUUUGUUUCCUUUGAACAAUAAAGAUUCUUCUUCUUAUCGGUAAAUUAAAGCAGCAGAAAAGGUGUAAUGAGGAAGGUAGCAAUGCCUCCAAAAUCAUGAGAUUGAGAGAAAAUUCUGGUGGGCAACUUUCUUGGGAAGAUAAGAAUCGAUUGUUUGAAUGCAACUGUACAAGUCAAUAAAGGAAGUAGUUUGAUAAAUUCCAAUUAUGAUAAAUGCCAAUUAGAAAAGUAGUGGUUUUUUCCUUGUAUGCCGAGGUGAGUUAUGGGAGCUUCCAUAUAUUUUGGGGUAGCAUUGGUAACUGUCUUCCCUGUCCUUCAAGAAAAAAAACCCUUCUUCCAAUUUUCUUUUUUAUGCCAAUCUUUCGGCUUCAGGUACUAAAGUUAGAAUAGAAGUAUACUGGUACAAAGCAAUCAUUUUCCGGCCAAAACCAGCAUAAGAGGUGAGUUAAAGUCUUGCACAAUGAAUCCAGCGGCUGCUGCUAACCAGAAAGAAGAGUUCAAAUUGAAAGACACAAAGCCCCAGCUAGGAGAACGAUGGCCUCAUGGAGGAAUGCGCGGCGGAGGUGGUUGGAUUAGCAGUGAAAGAGCAACAAGCACUUAUGAUCUCGUUGAACAGAUGUUUUAUCUGUAUGUCAGGGUUGUUAAAGCCAAAGAUCUGCCCACUAAUCCUGUCACCGGAAACAUUGAUCCUUAUGUCGAAGUGAAGCUAGGGAAUUAUAAAGGAAAAACACAGCAUUUUGAGAAGAAAACAAACCCAGAAUGGCAGCAAGUCUUUGCAUUCUCAAAGGAGAAGAUACAGUCUUCAAUUCUAGAGGUCUUUGUCAGAGACAAGGAGAUGGUUGGCCGAGAUGAUUUUAUAGGAAGGGUGAUCUUCGACAUGAAUGAAAUACCUACAAGGGUUCCACCUGAUAGCCCUUUGGCACCACAAUGGUAUAGAUUAGAAGACCUUCGAGGGCAUAGAAAGGUGAAAGGAGAGGUCAUGCUUGCAGUCUGGAUGGGAACACAAGCCGAUGAAGCUUUCCCGGAAGCCUGGCACACAGAUGCUGCUUCAGUUCAAGGAGAGGGUGUUUUCAAUAUCCGAUCAAAGGUUUAUGUCUCUCCAAAACUGUGGUAUCUCAGAGUGAAUGUUAUUGAAGCUCAGGAUUUGGAGCCACAUGACAGAAGCCAAUUACCACAGGCUUUUGUUAAGGCUCAAGUUGGAAACCAAAUACUCAAAACCAAGCUAUGUCCCCAGAAGACAACAAACCCCAUGUGGAAUGAAGAUUUGUUAUUCGUAGCAGCUGAACCUUUUGAGGAGAAACUGUAUCUAACAGUUGAAAAUAAGGUGACCCCUGCAAAAGAUGAAGUUAUGGGGAGGAUAAUCUUGCCCCUCCACAUCUUUGAAAGGCGCUUGGAUCAUCGGUCAGUUCAUUCUAAAUGGUUCAACCUCGAAAAAUUUGGAUUUGGUGCUCUGGAGGGAGACAAGAGGCACGAACUCAAAUUUUCAAGCAGGAUUAACCUUAGAGUCUGUCUUGAAGGAGCUUACCAUGUGAUGGAUGAAUCAACCAUGUAUAUAAGUGACCAGAGGCCAACUGCGAGGGAGCUUUGGAAGAACCCAAUUGGAAUCCUGGAAGUGGGCAUCUUAAGCGCUCAAGGUCUUCAACCCAUGAAGACCAAAGAGGGCAGGGGAACCACAGACGCUUACUGUGUAGCUAAAUAUGGGCAGAAGUGGGUGCGCACGAGAACUAUAAUCGAAAGCUUCAAUCCUAAAUGGAAUGAACAAUAUACUUGGGAGGUCUAUGACCCUUGCACAGUGAUCACAUUGGGAGUUUUUGAUAAUUGUCACUUGGGUGGAAGUGAAAAACCAGCUUCAGGCAGUGGAGGUAAAAAUGAUUCCAGAAUCGGAAAGGUAAGAAUUAGACUAUCAACCCUGGAAACAGAUAAAAUUUAUACAAAUUCUUACCCUCUUCUUGUUCUACAAAAGUCUGGAUUGAAGAAGAUGGGGGAGCUUCAGUUAGCAGUUAGGUUCACAUGCCUCUCUCUUGGACAUAUGAUUUACCUCUAUUGGCAUCCGUUGUUGCCAAAAAUGCAUUAUUUGCAUCCUUUCACUGUAAACCAGUUAGAUAACCUGAGAUAUCAGGCCAUGAACAUUGUUGCAGUGAGGCUUGGCCGAGCUGAGCCACCACUGAGAAAAGAGGUUAUGGAGUAUAUGUUGGAUGCGGAUUCCCACAUGUGGAGCAUGAGAAGAAGCAAAGCUAACUUCUUCAGAAUUGUCUCCCUGUUUUCGGGUGUGAUAGCUAUGAGCAAGUGGCUUGGCGAGGUUCGCCACUGGAAGAAUCCUGUCACUACGAUUCUAGUACAUGUUCUGUUUUUCAUAUUGAUCUGUUAUCCAGAAUUAAUCCUGCCAACCAUCUUCUUAUACAUGUUUCUUAUUGGGAUUUGGAAUUACCGACUUCGGCCAAGGCAUCCUCCUCACAUGGACACUAAGCUUUCAUGGGCAGAAGUAGUUCACCCAGAUGAACUAGAUGAAGAAUUCGAUACUUUCCCAACAUCCAAGGAUCAAGAUGUAGUGAGGAUGAGAUAUGACAGACUUAGAAGUGUGGCAGGAAGAAUUCAGACAGUGAUAGGAGACAUUGCAACUCAGGGGGAGAGAUUUCUGGCUCUGCUGAGUUGGAGAGACCCUAGAGCAACCAGCCUAUUCGUACUAUUCUGCCUAAUUGCAGCAGUGGCACUGUAUGUGACACCAUUUAAGAUAAUGGCUUUGGUCGCAGGCUUAUUCUGGCUACGCCAUCCCAGAUUCCGGAGCAAGCUGCCUUCAGUACCAAGCAAUUUCUUCAGGAGAUUGCCUUCUCGAGCUGAUAGCAUGCUCUGAAAAUAGUUGUUAGUUUCACCACCUUUUCUAUUUUUUUCUCUUUCAGAUUUCCUUCAUUUUCCUUCCAAUAAAAUUAUUUGGUUAUGUCCUAUUGGAUUUGUUUGUCUCACAUUUAAUUUUUUUGUCGUUUUAUUUUCAAAUUAUGUGGCUCCAAUGAAUUGAACCUUCCUGAGGUAAUUACACUUUUCGAGCCAUAAAA